UAUAAUUUAGGUUAUAAAUUGUCUAUGGUGUAUCAUCAAAACAAUUUGAGAAAUACGAAAUAGCGAUAAUUUUUUUAUUUAAAAUAAGAUACAAAUUACUGUUCUCAAAACUAGACGACAUUAAAAAUGGCUGAAAUAUUCAAGCAUAUCUAUCCUUCAAAAUAUUUUAAUGACUACAUAUCCCGAAAUGUUCGACCGGAUGGUAGAAAAUUCGAUGAACAUCGUGAUGUUAAAGUUAACAUAAAUGCAAUCACCUCAGCAGAUGCGUCCGCCGCUGUGAAAUGUGGAAAUAGUACAGUUGUAUGUGGGAUAAAAUUGGAACUAGCAAAACCCAAAGCAGAGGAACCUGAUACAGGAUUUUUAAUAUCAAAUGUUGAGCUUUUGCCAUUAUGUUCUUCAAAAUUCCGCCCCGGACCUCCUUCAGAUCAUGCACAAGUUAUAAACAAUAUCGUUUCGGAUAUAGUGAUGAACUCAAAAUGCAUAGACUUAAAAGAUCUAUGUCUUGUGCAUGAUAAACUUGCUUGGGUUGUGUACUGCGACUUAGUCUGUUUGGACUAUGAUGGCAGUAUUGUGGAUGCUUGCAUCGUCGCCAUAAUGACAAGUUUAAAAACAUUAUUGUUACCAUCUGUGAGUUUUGAUGCAGAAACAGAAGAAGUAAAGGUAGAUACCAGUGCAAGAUUACCUCUCAAAAUACACGGAUUACCAGUUGCCACUAGUUUUGGUAUUUAUGAACACAUACCAAGGAAUAUAGUGUUAGCUGACCCAUCAGCCUAUGAAGAAGAAAUGUGUGGUGGUGUUGGAGCCAACCUAAUAGUGUGUUGGAAUAAGGGGCUCUUCUGUGGCAUACAAAAGUUUGGCGGUAGCAAUUUAUCAACAGAAGAUGAAAAAAGGACCUUAGUCUUGGCAAAAGAAAUAAGUAAACUGGUUGAAGGUGUGAUUGAAACAUGUAUAAAAAAUGAUAAAGUUAAAUAAAUGGCUAUUAAGUAUUUUAUUU